AUGUACUACUUCAGCGGGGGCGCGCACACCCUCGGCAGCAUGAACCCCCUCUCCCUGCUUUACAGCCUGCACCAGCUGCCGCCCGCUCCGGCCCCCCAGCCCUCCUCCCUGCGUGCAGUGAGCGUGGUGGAUCGGCUAGCAGGAACGGUUCCCCGUCUGCUCCCCAGUAGGAAUAAAUGGUUGGGCCUCAGGCGGGCCCGGUCGCUGGGAAACCACUGGGCUAAGACGUGCUGCUGGCCGCAGGGGUCUGAGCCAGCCCCACCGUGGCGCGUCGGGCACUGUGCUGCGGAAAGAGAGCUCCUGCUGGAAGCGCGCUACGGGAUCCCCCAGAAGCAGCGCCGGAGCCGCACGGCAUUCACCGGCCACCAGGUGGAGGCGCUGGAGAGAGCCUUUGAGAAAACCCAGUACCCCGACGCGGUGACCAGAGAGCGGCUGGCCGUGCUCGUCAACCUGCCCGAGGCCAGGGUCCAGGUGUGGUUCAAAAACCGCCGAGCCAAGUUCCGCAAGGGCCAGCGCCAGCAGCCAGACCAGGGGGAGGCCGUGAGCCCCAGGGGGGCAGACGGCGCCGCGGGGCGCUCCCUGUUGGGGCCGAGGCUCCGGCCCGUGGCCGAGGGCAGCCCGCCAGGAGCAGAGCAUCUCCCGGCCUCUGCGAAGAAGGCCCCGGGUGGCGUGGCGCUGCCUUCCCGGUAUCCCCCAGGCGACCUUCCGCCAGCGCCCAGCAGGAUUUGGCCUCUGGAGGGAACGUGGCCGGGGACAGAACUCAAAAGCGGAGGCCUCGCUGGGCCGAGGAGUGACCUGAGCCUGAGUUACCUGCCGGCAUUCCCUUUCCCACCCUACUGGCUGGCUGGGUAGGGUCCCCGGCUGGCCGGAGCGACCCAGACACCUGCCCGGAGCCAGGCGGGCUGGGGCUGCCCCGGUGCCGUGCCAGACCAGCUCGUCCCGCUCCCUGAUCACCACACCAGGCCCACCCCGACCUGCCUGGAGCCCGCAAGCCCCCCCGUCGGGCUGAGCUGAGACCCAGCGGAGUCGUGUCACCCGUGUGAACUCCCACCAGGGCAGGAGCCCAGCAGCGAUGGCUGGGCGUGGGGGGUUUCCUUCCCCGCAAGCUCCAUGCUGACGUGGGAUGGGGAUGGGGGUUCGU